UUUGAGUUGAUUCCGAUCGCGAAAUUCAUGUCGAAUUUCCCGAUUUUUUGGAAAUUUAGAGGAAAAUAGACCGAAAUCCGACAUAAAAUCACGUUAAAACAGUAAAAUGGCUGCACCCGAUCGCAAAGGAACCUUCAAAGUCGAGUACUUGCAAAACAUCGAGAAACAAGUGCAAGAAAAAUGGGAAAAGGAGAAGAUUUACGAGCUAGAUGCGCCCCAAAAGCCUCGUUCGCGCGAAGAUGAGAAAUAUUUGGUGACCUUUCCGUACCCCUACAUGAACGGGCGCUUGCAUCUCGGACACACUUUUUGCAUUUCCAAGGCGGAAUUCAGUGCGCGCUAUCACCGUUUGAAGGGAAAACGUGUCUUGUUUCCCUUUGGCUUCCAUUGCACCGGUAUGCCCAUCAAGGCUUGUGCCGACAAAUUAAAACGCGAAAUGGAAACCUUCGGAUAUCCACCGAAAUUCCCACGAGACGACAUCCCGUCGCCCGUUGUCGAGGAGAAAUCCGACAUUCCAAAGGACAAAAGCAAGGGAAAGAAGAGCAAGGCAAUGGCUAAAACAGGCACCGCUAAAUACCAGUGGCAAAUUAUGCAGAGUUUGGGAUUAAAAGAUGAGGAAAUCAAAAAAUUCGCCGAUCCCGCAUACUGGAUAGAUUAUUUUCCGCCGCGCGCGGUGCAAGAUUUGAAGCAAAUUGGGAUGAGUGUCGAUUGGAGAAGAACUUUUGUGACGACAGAUGUGAAUCCGUUCUACGAUUCGUUCAUUAGAUGGCAAUUUGAGCAUUUACGAGCGCGGGGAAAGAUCAUGUACGGGCGUCGUCACACGAUUUUCAGUCCGAAAGAUGGUCAACCGUGCAUGGAUCAUGAUCGUGCAAGUGGCGAAGGCGUCGGACCGCAAGAAUAUACAUUGGUAAAGAUGAAAAUUGUCUCAAAUGUGCCCGAAAAGUUGAAAAAAAUCAAAACCCCCAUUCAUCUCGUUGCUGCAACCUUAAGACCUGAAACGAUGUACGGUCAAACGAAUUGUUGGCUACAUCCGGAUAUCAAAUAUAUUGCCUUUACUGUGGCGAAAGGCGAUGAAACUUGGAUUUGCACCCAACGCGCUGCCCGAAACAUGGCAUAUCAAGGAUUUACAAAGACUGAGGGGCAAGUCGACGUUGUUGCGGAAAUUUUGGGCUCGGAAUUGAUGGGCGUCGGGCUUUCUGCGCCUUUAACAGCACACAAACUCAUUUAUGCGCUUCCGAUGAUGACAAUUAAGGAGGAUAAAGGUACGGGAGUUGUCACGUGCGUGCCAUCGGACUCCCCGGAUGACUUUGCGGCAUUAACGGACUUGCAGAAGAAACAACCGUUACGUGAAAAAUACGGAAUAAAAGACGAAAUGGUGAUGCCUUUUAGUCCCGUGCCCAUAAUUGACGUGCCUGGCUUGGGAAAUCUCGCUGCGGUGACAGUUUGUGAGCAAUUCAAGGUCCAAAGUCAAAAUGAUCGCGAUAAAUUGCAAGAAGCCAAGGAACUGGUCUAUCUCAAGGGCUUUUAUGAUGGCGUGUUGAUCGUUGGACCUCAUAAAGGGAAAAAAGUGCAAGAUGUCAAGCCCAUUAUCAAGAAGGAACUUAUCGAUCGUAACGAAGCAACGACUUAUUACGAGCCCGAAAAGACAAUUAUGUCACGUUCGGGCGAUGUUUGUGUCGUUGCGCUUUGUAAUCAGUGGUAUUUGAACUACGGCGAGGAAAAAUGGCGUGAAACGACAACCAAAUUGCUCAAAGACAUGGAGUUAUAUCAUCCCGAAGUGCGUUCCAACUUUGAACGGUGUCUCGAAUGGUUGCACGAAUAUGCCUGUUCUCGCACCUACGGCUUGGGAACGAAACUCCCGUGGGACGAACAAUGGCUUAUCGAGUCACUUUCCGAUUCUACCAUCUAUAUGGCGUACUACACAAUAGUUCAUCUGCUCCAAAAUGGCUCAUUCAAGGGAGAAAAAGCAAGUCCCUUGGGCAUCACUCCCGAUCAGAUGACUUCUGAUGUUUGGGAUUACAUUUUCUUCAACGACGCCAAACCCCCGGUCAGUUCAAAGAUCGCAAAAGCUCACCUGGAUUUAUUGAAGCGCGAAUUCAACUAUUGGUAUCCCGUGGAUUUGAGAGUUUCGGGCAAGGAUCUCAUUCAGAACCAUUUGACGUUCUUCCUGUACAAUCAUGUCGCCAUGUGGCCCAAUGAUCCGAGCAAAUGGCCUCGUGGCAUUCGUGCGAACGGACAUUUACUGCUUAAUUCUGCAAAAAUGUCAAAAUCUGAUGGAAAUUUCAUGACUUUGUCUGAGGCGAUUGUCAAAUAUAGCGCUGAUGGCACUCGUUUGUGCCUUGCUGAUUCCGGAGACAGUGUUGAAGAUGCAAAUUUUGUCGAAGCUACUGCUGAAGCUGGUAUCUUGCGUCUUUUCUCCUUCAUUGAAUGGGUAAAAGAAAUGCUCGCUUCCAAAUUAUUGCUCCGUACGGGUCCGAAAGACACCUUUAACGACAAAGUUUUCGUGUCUGAGAUGAAUUUGAAGACAAAACUCACGGAUGAUUAUUACAACAAGAUGCUUUUCAAGGAGGCGCUUCGUACGGGCUUCUUCGAGUUGCAAUCGUGUCGCGACAAAUAUCGUGAAUUGUGUGGAUCGCAAGGCAUGCAUGUCGAUUUGGUGUUUGAAUUUAUUCAGCGGCAGGCAUUGUUGAUUGCGCCAAUUUGUCCUCAUGCGGCGGAGCAUGUUUGGGAGUUGUUGGGCAACAAAGAGAGCAUUUGGCAUGCAAAAUGGCCCGUUGUGGGAGCAGUUAAUGAAUACGAGAUCAAGUGUUCGGAAUAUGUAAUGGAAACGGCACAUUCUUUCCGUUUGCAAUUGAAGGCAGCGAUGCAACCGAAGGGUAAAGGAAAGGAUAAGGCGCCGGUGAAUGCUCCAAAACCAACUGAUGGAGUCGCAUGGGUGGCAAAAACGUAUCCGCCAUGGCAGUGUUGCGUGUUAAAUACGAUGAAGGAACUUUAUGAGAAAAACAACAACGCCUUACCUGACAACAAAAUCAUCUCCGUGGAAUUGUCCAAAAAGGAAGAACUCAAAAAAUUCAUGAAGAAAGUGAUGCCUUUUGCCGCUAUGAUCCGCGAAAGAGUGGAAGCACCCAACGGUCCUGGCAAAAAAGCUCUCGCCACAGAGCUUGAUUUCGACGAAAGAGUCGUUCUUGAAUCCACUCUCGAGUAUUUAAAAAAUACUUUAGAUUUGGAAACCCUCACCAUCAAAUUCACAGACGACCCAACAGCAACGGAAAAAACGAAAGAAGAAGUUCGUCCCGGAUGCCCGCACAUUUCAUUCAGCGUAAAACCCUUCGUUCGUGUCGCCAUCGAGAACCCAUUGCCACGAUCGGGACUUUUUUCCAUCCAGUUAAACGUGUCAGAAGGUGAUUCGCUCAAGAGUCUUCAUGACAAAGCGGGCAAAGCCAUUGGCAUGAAAGACGUCGCUCCAUUGAACAUUUAUCGCUUUAAUGACCCCGCAUUGGGUCCUCGUAAAAUGCCAACGUUCGGAGAUUACAAAGAAGGAAAGACUUUAUUGCCGAAAAUCGGUGAACUCACCAUUGAUGCGGAAAAAUCCGAACUUUACAUGGUCGAAAAGGGAAAAAAGGUGCCACUUGGCAAGAGCUUCGUUUAUGUCGUUGAUUGACAUUCGUAGAACGUUAGAGGCUGUCUUUAAGUUUAAUUUUUUUUUUAAUUUCAAUUCAUUUCGUACUAAAAUCAAUUGAAAAUUGAAUAAAUAUUUAUUUGAAGUUAAUUCUGAAGUCAAAUCAAAUCACGGUUUCUGUAGUUUU